GAACUCAUUCUAUCUUUCUCACACUAAGGUAUCGCCUUAUGUAGAAGAAAUUUCACUUUGGAUGUGAAGGUCAAUAAAAUUUGUACUCAUAAUAGUCAGCUUCUAUUGAAAGCUAAUGGCUGCCGAACUCUAUUCACGAAACAGCUGAUGUGAUCGUUUGGGGUUUUUACUUACAUUUAGUGACCUUAUCGAGUAAACUCAAUAAUAAUUAUUAGAUGAAACGUUACUUGAGUCAUUACAUUGUGUGGAAUUCAGGAUGUCACUGACCAUACAACAAAUUAUUUUGGACGCUAAAAGACUAGCUGGCCGUCUCAAAGAACGUGAGACAGAAGCCGAUACUCUGUUGACUGAAACUCAAACAGCCUACAGACAAAUCUAUACAAUAAAACAGUACAAAGAAGAAGUGGAUACCCUUAAUGAGUCAUCUCGGGAGAGACCAAGGGGGGAACUUGUAGCAAGUAUGGAGAGAGAAUCUCGAUUGAUGAGGGAUGUUCAGAGAGAGAAUGGGGAGUUGAGAGCUGCUUUAGAAGAUCACAGAAAAGCUCUAGAACUUAUCAUGUCCAAGUAUCGACAGCAUACUGAAAAAAGAAUAUGGGAGUCAAGGAUAGACUUUACAGCAGCAAUAAAUGAAAAACAACAGGAAUUGAUUCGUCAACAGGCGGAGAGAAUUAAUGAGAUGACAAGCAUCAUGUACAAGGCAGUAAAUAUGGAUGAAAAUGGCGAGUCCAGAAGAGAAGAAGAAUUAUACCAAAGGCUGAUUACUGAAAACAAGGGCCUUCGGGAAAUGUUGAACUUGUCGAGGCGGUAUGGAUCAGAUAAGUCAUACGGACCACCCAUGGAGGACAAGGAUGUUCAGACCGACGGGCCUCCACUCUCAGGGGCGUGACGCCCAGCAGUGGAUCUCUGCCGCCUCUGAGCAUUGGCCUCAGGUCACCAACUCCCUCACCCACACAUACCAUAACUCAUCUCCCUACACAUGUGAACUGUUCUCACAGACUGCUAUCCGUGUACAUGUGUUACUUCUUAAUACCUGGUGUGCGGACAGGGUGUACAAUCACUGAUGACGGUCAUCGUUCCAGUAUACAACUUAUACUUUAAAGUUACACGCAGAUUUUGGAUUCUAGGUCUUUUGACAGCCUGUAUCUUUCAUAUUUCUUAUAUAAAAAUGUAACUAAAUUACAAUGAAUAAAUAUGUAUUCAAAAUAUAAAUUUAUUGUCAUAAUACUAUUCCUUCAUUGGUUGUAUUGAUGUUGAAUAUUAUAGACAAAUACCUAUAGUAAUUGUAAUGCAAAGUAGACUUACAGUAUUUCUUAUGAUGUUAUUGAAGAGUGCAAAUUCAGUAUGUGUAUUAAUUCCUUUCAUCAAGUUAUAUAAAUAGGAUUGGCGCAAAUAUUCAUAUUAUCCAACUAUUACUUUUGUUUUGUAUAUCUCUGUUUUAAGUGUUUGUAUUAUAGUCCAGGAGCUAGUGAUUAAUUUCUACCAUCAAUGUUCAAUCAGAAAUUUAGUGACCCAUAACUAGUAAAUGAAUCCCUGGCUCCAUGGUCGUAUUGUCCUUAACACAAGUUUAAUUAUUAAAGCUGUUUUGCUGCGAGUUAUGGCAUGGACCAAAUUGUUAAAGAUAAAAGCACAUAAUUAAAAAUAAAAUGUUAUUAUUUUAUUAGUGUCGAACAAUAUACUCAUAGAUUGAUUAAAACAUGUUCAUAGAAUAUUUCCCUCAUCAACGUACAAUUAUUAAAAACUCCAUAAGUAUUAUGUUAAAUUUUUUUGAUGUUUUGUACUUUUGACUAUUUAAAUUUUACACAACUUCUAAUUAUGUGAUAAUGUUAAUAAAUAAUUGCAUAAACGACUACUUUGAAAUGUAUUGUCAUUAACUUGUGUAAGAUUUUAAUGCAUACAAAUUUUUAAUUACAAAUUUUUUUUCCACUACUUAAUUGAUACUAUUUUGUUUAUAUCAAAAAAUAUUUUGGUUCUACUGGUCAAUACUCUAUCUAAUAUUUUUGUGACCAUCAGUGUUAAAGUGGCUCUAACUGAUUUUAAAUUUAUGUCUUGUUAUAUUUUAACAGUAUUUGAUUAUAAAUAUUAUUAAUAGUUAGGCUGCUUUGUCGCUGAAGGCCAAAAUUCAAUGCUCGAAUUUUCUAUUAUUAAUAGAUACGUUUUAAGUGUGCCUUGUAUAUCUUAUCCAUUUCUUUUAUUAUACACAGGCUGCGAAAAUGUAAAGAUGAAUAUGUACUUACUAUGCUUUUCAAGGGGAAAUAAAAACAUUAGGAUCAUGUAUUAAAUUUAAAAAGAUCUUAUUUCUAAUAUUAUCUCUUUCGAGAGCGGGGCUCACAGGUUAAGGAUGCUUAUAAAACUAUAUUAUAAUAUUUCGACUCGACUUAGAUGCAGUGUGAGUCAUCUGUAUUAGAAUGGUAAACGUCAAAUUUCCUCAAUUUACAAUGUAGUACGUUAAAUUGAUAUGCAAUAUUUUUUCAUGCGGAUAAGCUUUGGAUGUUAGAAAAUAUUGUAGUUAGCGGUAGUCUUGGUAGUUUUCGUGAUUUUCGAUCACGCUAUAGCAUGCGAGCAAUAUUAUAGGGACUGGUUCAUAUAGAUAUACUUAGUCUAUUAAUUAAAGGACGUUAUGAUUACUCAGUUCGUAAGAAAAUUAACCGUCCUUCAGACUUUGGCACACUGACUUAAAAUCUUAAAAAAUAGCAAUAAAAUCUUUUCUUUCAUUUAAAAACUCUAAUAACGUAAUUCUUUUACAGCAAGCGACUCAUGCCAUCUAUUGUACGGUGAUAGUAAUAUGCCAGAAACGUUCGCGCAAGUGCCAAUAACAACUUUAAACUUAACCGAAUGACGAAACCGUCACAGAAUACUACCUACUACUACUAAAACAAACAUAAGUUAUUGCCAAAUAAGAUAUGAUACUGGUUAAAAGUAAUAAUGAUAAUUUGCUAGCUGUUAUUAGUAGAUUUUAAAAGAAAGAAAGUGUUAAUUCGGAAAUUUAAUAAUAGUGAGUACAUGUUUAGGUGUGCACGAUUCACUGGAUUUUCACAUGUUCAGUAUUUCGUACCAAAAUCAUGAGAUAGAGCUCUAACUGAAAUCUCUGAUCUCACUGAAAGCUCUGAUUGUCGAGUACAUAUUAUCAAUUUUAAGCCAUAACUGAAACGUAAGAUCACCUGAAUGCUAGAAUUUUACUAUUCUGUUUUAUAAAUUUAAGGAAUCCAUAACUUAUGCCCAAGUAGGCAAUAGCUAGUUUUGAAUUAUUUAUUCAUCAAAGUCAACCUUUUACAAUGCUAUAAGUUCAAUGGUAGUUACUGUGAAAUUUAAUAUUUUAAUUUUUUUGGUAUGUAAUACUUAGUUUAAAAAUAAAUAAGCCUUAAAUUAGUAAAACAAGUUCUAAGAUUUAUUAAUAAAUGAUGCAUAACUAGAAGUUUGUAUAGAUCAUAUUUUUGAAUUGGAUUUAGUAUAAAAUAUUCACUAAAAUAAAAGAAACAUUUGUAAAUUAAUGGAAAUCUUUUUAAUGAAAUCAGUAGGUGUAGCCAAAAUUACUUGUUUUAUUUUUAUAAAUAUUAAUAAAAAAUAAUAUUUAAUUCGAGUUGAAUGUGGAACGUAAAACGAAUGGAUUAGUCUAUAAUCUAAAAUUUGAUUGAAUUAUAUUGCUUGUGCUGAGCGUCUGAUAUGUUAAAAUUGUUUAUGACGAAAUUAUACUCAAAUAUAAUUAUUAUUCGGAAAUGAAAAUGGUUUAUAAUUUCUAUUAAACAAUAAUUUUUGCAGAGAUAUUUUAACCAUAAUGUUAGUUGUUAAUUGUUACCUCAUGUGUUAAGUCAGACAGGAUUUAAAUUUCAUAGCACAAACAGUUCGUUUAGUAAAUAGUUUCUUGUUUCGAAUUCACAACCAUUAUGUAUCUUUCUGUCCUAAAUAAAUAUACAACCAAAAUCAAAGAUCAAUAACAUUAAAUCUUGGGCAUUAAGUGAAAGAAUAUUGUUAAUGUAUAUUAAUUAUAACAAUCUAAUAUUUUGUUACAAUGAUUGAGGUUGAAUGUUAUAAAUUCCCAUUUUCGAUAUAUAUAAAUAUUUAAUUGUAUCCUUCAAGGAGACCUGUAUUAAUUCCAAUAAGUCUGUGCCUGAGCAAACAUAAAUGAAACAAUUUAUUUGCUUUUAGGUUUCAUAGUAUUUAGAUUAUUUUUGGCCACAAAGUUAUAGGGAUCACCUUAUAUUAAGACGAACAGAUUAUUUUUACCUUACUAAAUUGAAAUAUUUAUUUUUUACUCAUUGAAUAGUUUGUGUGGGUCCCUCUUUUUAUAUAUUUAAAUCAGCAAGUUGUAAUUGCUAUAGUGGAUAGAAAAAAAUCCUUAUUGGAAUGAUUUUUAUUAAAUAAAAAUUAAAUUCAGAUUUAUUAUUAUCUUUGUUAUGCCAAUUUUUGUAUUCAAAGAAAAGAGGUUAGUAUAAAAAAGUUAAAUUUAGAAAGAGUUCAAACUUGUAUGGUAUGGUAUGUAUAAGUGUACCUACUAGCAAAAUACACAUCGGAAUUAUAGUAUUUAGUGUAAAAAUAUUACAUAUUACAAUAGAGCUCUACUUUUCAAAAUUUAUAAGAUUAGAAAAUGAUGUAGUGCUGCCGUCUUAGUGCUUUAAGAGGUUUGAAAUGAAAGAAUACAAUAAAUAGAUAAUUUAGAUGUUAACAAAUUUCAUUUAUGUAUGUUUGGAGAUCACAAAAAUAAAUAGAAUUUAAUAGAUACAUUACUGGUAGAAGCAAAAUGAAGUAUGGAUAACAUAACAAGUACCUUUUCUGGUAAUAUUGUGAGUGAUAGGGUAUACAUAAGAAGUUUUCUGCUGUAGAACAAAAAGUAGUGCUAAAUUUAAUAAUAAUGUAUCUGUAAAAUUUCAA